CUCACUCACAGGAGCUUCCUGCUGUCAGAGAGCAUAAAUGAACGCGCAGUCAGUCCCACACGGUGCCGCCGCUGAAUGACAGGACGUGCAGGCGGCAGUAGACUACCACGGACCACGGCCGACUAACCGUUGACCCUCCGUCCACUCCACACGGCGUCGCCAUGGCCCUGAGCCGCCUGGAAAAGGUUCAGGUAUGGCUCUUCAAGGCGUUCAUGGGAGCCCUGUUCGCCCUCUUUCGGCUCUUAUCCCCGCUGAGAGCCGGUGUGUCCGGGAAGAAGCUGCCGCCCGUCGGCGACCCGCUGCUGCUUCUCUCAGCGACGCAGCUCGCCAAGAAGAUCCGGCGCAAAGAGGUAUCCAGCGUGGAGGUGGUGCAGGCUUACAUUGACAGGAUCCAGGAGGUCAACCCUCUUCUGAACGCUGUUGUAAAAGACAGGUUUGACGCUGCCCUCCAGGAGGCGGCCCAGGUCGACAAGCUCAUCGAGGAGGAGACCGGUGGAGAGGAGGUGCUGGAGGACCGACUGCCCUUACUGGGAGUCCCACUCUCGGUCAAAGAGUCCUACGCCCUCCAGGGCAUGCCGUUCACUACAGGUGUGAUCUCCAGGCGAGGAGUCGUAUCCACUGUCGACGCUCCACCGGUGGCCCUGCUGAAGAGAGCAGGCGCCAUCCCGCUGGGCGUCACCAACACCAGCGAGCUGUGUAUGUGGUUAGAGUCCCACAACCACCUCUACGGCGUCACCAACAACCCAUACGACCUGGAGAGGAUACCGGGAGGGAGCUCAGGCGGUGAGGGAAGCAUACUGGGGGGAGCAGGCGCAGUCAUCGGCGUGGGCUCAGACAUUGGCGGCAGCAUCCGUAUGCCCUGUUUCUUCAACGGAGUAUUUGGACAUAAAACCACCCCCGGUGUCGUGUCCUGUGAGAACCAGCACCCUCCUUGCUCUGGCAGACAAGGGGAGUACAUCAGCAGUGGUCCCAUGUGCCGCUACGCCGAGGACCUGCUGCCCAUGCUCAAGAUCAUGGCGGGCCCCAACGCUCACAUGUUGUCCUUAAACACGAAGGUCGACUUAAAGAAGCUGCGGUUCUUCACCAUCCCCCACGAUGGCGGCUCACCGCUGACGUAUCCAGUCAGCAAAGAGCUCAUAGAGAUUCAGAGGAAGGUGGUGCAGCAUCUGGAGGAAGACCUUGGAGUGAAAGUCCAAGAAGUGCAAUUCCCCGAGCUCCGCUACAGCUUCCAGAUCUGGGACACCUAUAUGGGGCUCUCCGACAAGAAGGGCAAACCUCCUCGGCCAUUUGCGGAGCUGAUGGGGGAACCGGGGCGACCUGCGUGGCCUCUGUGGGAGCUGCUGAAGUGGAUGGUGAGACGAUCAGAACAUACGACACCUGCCAUUGGUCUGGCGCUGCUUGAGAUGAGCCACGUGUCCAAACCCUCAGCCUUCAUCAUCCAGCAGAAGGAGAAGCUGCAGCAGGCGAUGGAGGAGCUGCUGGGCACCGACGGGGUUUUUCUUUACCCUUCCCACCCCAGAGUAGCUCCCAAACACCACCACCCGCUCUUCAGACCGUUUGACUUCGCCUACACAGGUAUAAUCAACAUCCUCGGGCUGCCGGUCACACAGUGCCCUCUGGGUCUGGGUGAGGAAGGUCUGCCCCUGGGUGUGCAGGUCGGUGCCGGGAAACUGCAGGACCACCUGACCCUCGAGGUGGCUCUCUACCUGGAGAAGACGUUCGGAGGCUGGAGGGACCCCGGAGCCAAAUAAAACCUCACAAGCAAACAGCCAUCGCCAAAUCUCCUCCUGGUCGGACGGAUGAUUGUCAGACUGUCUGCCUCGCUGCUUACUGUAGUACAGAAAUACUGAGGUACAAUCAGAUCGCUGAAUGUUCAAGCGGAAGAGAUUGAUUCUUGCACUAACGGGGGAAAUCAGCUGCUCUGGUGAGCUCAAGUCAUGAUUUUUAUAAUUUGCCAUGAGCACAGGAUUCAGAGAGGUGAUUUUUUAUUAGGCUAAUGAUUCAUUAACGUUAUCACAAAACAGGGCUUUUGUGCCGUUCAUUUAUAGAAGUUUUAUAGAAGUUGCACAGUUAAUUCCUGCACAGUUACAUUUGUGUAACGAACAGCAGACCCAGUACAUGACCGGUUCUCAGUUUUAAAUGUCACACACACCCACACAGGCGCUUCUGUCCCGACUAAUUACACUUCAGCCCAGGUGGAGCCGAGCUGGGAGUUUGCAUCAAAGAAUCGUAAAAAGUGUCAGAAGACUCGGAAUAACGAAACGCCUGUGUAGACGUGUGCUGUAGAUGUGAAAUAUCAGCUUGCACUGGACGGUAAUAAAUGUUUUAAUACCUGUAAAAAUGAAAACAUGCAAAACCUUAUCUGUGUGGUGAUGUGAGUGUUGCAUAAUUGCAGUUAAUCGACUGCGGUGCCCGUUUUAUGCGGCGUCUCAUUUGUUUGAGUCAAUUAAAAAAACGGUAUGAAUGUUU